UCCGCCGCGUUUGCUGUUCCUCCGGCGCAAGGUGCGGUGAAGAAUCCGACAUUUUCCGUUUCAAAGUUUAACUCUUUCGUUUCCGUGAGCGCCGUGUGUGCUAGCAUCCUUCCACCAUGGGUAUCCUGGAGAAAAUCUCCGACAUCGAGAAGGAAAUCGCCAAAACUCAAAAGAAUAAAGCCACCGAGUACCAUCUGGGACUGCUGAAGGCCAAGCUCGCCAAGUACCGGUCGCAGCUGCUGGAACCGUCGAAGAAGGGCGAAAAGGGUGAGGGAUUCGAUGUGUUGAAGUCUGGGGAUGCUCGGAUCGCUUUGAUCGGGUUUCCGUCGGUGGGUAAAUCGACGCUGCUGUCGACGCUUACGAAGACGGAGUCGGAGGCGGCCAACUAUGAGUUUACGACGUUGACGUGCAUUCCGGGUGUGAUCGAGUACAAGGGGGCGAACAUUCAGCUGUUGGAUUUGCCGGGAAUUAUCGAGGGUGCUGCGCAGGGAAAGGGUCGCGGUCGGCAGGUUAUUGCCGUUGCGCGUACGGCAGAUUUGGUGCUGAUGAUGCUGGACGCUACCAAGCCUAACGUGCACCGGGAGCUGCUGGAGUACGAGUUGGAGUCGGUUGGGUUGAGACUGAACAAGAGAAAGCCGAACAUUUACUUCAAGAUUAAGAAGGGCGGCGGUGUGAGCUUCAACUCGACGUGUCCGAUGACGCGUUGUAACGAGAAGAUGGUGCAAACCAUUCUGCACUCGUUUAAGAUCUUCAACGCGGAAGUGCUGUUCCGGGAGGAUUGUACCGAGGACGAGUUUAUCGACGUGGUGUCCGGAAAUCGGAUCUAUCUUCCGUGCAUCUACGUGUAUAACAAGAUUGAUCAAAUCUCGAUCGAGGAGGUGGACCGGCUGGCCCGGCAACCGUUCAGCGUGGUGGUCAGCUGUAACAUGCACCUCAAUCUGGACUAUCUGCUGGAGGUGCUGUGGGAACAUCUGAUGCUGAUCCGGGUGUACACGAAGAAGCCGGGCGCGCCGCCAGAUUUCGACGAUGGGUUGAUUCUGCGUCGAGGAGUUUCGGUGGAGCACGUCUGCCACGCCAUCCAUCGGACGCUGGCGGAUCAGUUCAAGUACGCGCUCGUUUGGGGCACGUCCACCAAGUACUCGCCGCAGCGGGUCGGAAUUUCGCACAUUAUGCAGGACGAGGACGUCAUCCAGGUCGUCAAGAAGUAGACGGUUAGACGAUUUGUACGCCUUUUUUUUCUUCUUCCUCGAUAUGUGUGCCGCAGCAGUUGCGUGAGCCAAAAGGGACGAACGUUUAAUCAUUUACUAUUAAAAUAUAACUAUUAUGUAUCAA